CCCGCUGGAGUCCGUCAGUCACGCAGCGUGUCGUUACGCAAGAGCCGCGCCGACGCGCAGCCCGCCGCGCUUCCACGCUCGCGUCUGUGCGUUUGAGUGCGAGAGGAGCGGGAUCUGCUGUUUUGUGAGUGUGUGAGAGUGUUUGUAAGUGUGUGUGAGCUGCAGUCAUGGCUGUGGACGGAACGGAGCAGCGCGCUCUGCAGUAUGAGCAAACUUUGAUGUAUGGGCGUUACACUCAGGAGCUGGGUGUUUACGCUAGAGAAGAGGCCGCCCGAAUUCGAGAGGACGGUCGCCACCGACGCUCCAUUUCUGAACGCAGCCCGUCGCUCAAACUCCUCGAAUAUGAGAAGGGACGAUGUGUCAGGUGUCGAAGGUUUCCAUAUGCCCUGGAAUCAUCACCGCCGGACUUUUUUUCUGUCUGUGCAGUGCACUGUCAGCGGUUCCUCAUGUCGCGGGUCGGCGAGGACUGGAUCUUCCUCAUCUUGCUGGGACUCGUAAUGGCUCUGGUCAGCUUUGUUAUGGAUUUCUGCAUCGCUCUUCUCCUACAAGCACAGAAGUGGAUGUACGGUGGUUUGGACAGUAACGUAAUCCUGCAGUAUUUAGCUUGGGUCACGUACCCUGUGGUUCUCAUCAGUUUCUCUGCAGGCUUCACACACAUAGUAGCACCUCAGGCCGCUGGGUCUGGUAUUCCUGAAAUGAAGACGAUUCUCAGAGGAGUGGUGCUGAAGGAAUAUCUCACAUUAAAAACAUUUGUGGCCAAAGUCGUUGGACUGACCUGCGCGCUGGGCAGUGGGUUGCCUUUGGGCAAGGAGGGUCCUUUUGUGCACAUUGCCAGUUUAUGCGCUGCUCUUCUCUGCAAAUUCAUGUCGUUCUUUGGUGGAAUUUAUGAGAAUGAGUCCAGAAACACUGAGAUGCUUGCGGCUGCCUGUGCUGUCGGGGUCGGAUGCUGCUUUGCUGCUCCUAUUGGAGGUGUGUUAUUCAGCAUUGAGGUAACCUCCACGUUUUUCGCCGUACGAAACUACUGGCGUGGAUUCUUUGCUGCUACGUUUAGUGCCUUUAUCUUUAGAGUUCUGGCAGUGUGGAACAGAGAUGAAGAAACGAUCACAGCUCUCUUUAAAACGCGGUUCAGACUAGACUUCCCCUUUGACCUCCAAGAGCUUCCAGCGUUUGCUGUGAUCGGAAUCGCCAGCGGGUUUGGUGGUGCCUUAUUUGUGUAUUUGAACAGGCUAAUUGUGCAGUUCAUGCGAAAACAGAAGACUAUUAACAAGUUCCUCAUGAAGAAGCGUCUCUUGUAUCCCGCGCUGGUCACUCUACUGAUUUCAACGCUCUCUUUCCCUCCAGGCUUUGGGCAGUUCAUGGCCGGACAGCUUACACAGAAGGAGACCCUGGUUUCAUUUUUUGACAAUCGCACUUGGACGAAGCAAGGAAUGACUGAAGACUUUAGUUAUGACAGUCACUCGGCCGCCUGGAAACAUCCGCAGGCUAAUGUCUUUGUGAUCCUCGUCAUCUUCAUCGUUAUGAAGUUUUGGAUGUCUGCUUUAGCCACAACAAUUCCUGUACCAUGUGGAGCCUUCAUGCCUGUUUUCGUCAUUGGUGCUGCGUUUGGCCGUUUGGUGGGUGAAAGCAUGGCUGCAUGGUUUCCAGAGGGCAUUAAUACAGACGGAACCAUUUAUCCCAUAGUUCCCGGUGGAUACGCUGUUGUGGGAGCGGCGGCGUUAUCCGGAGCGGUCACACACACGGUUUCCACAGCCGUGAUUGUGUUUGAGUUGACGGGUCAGAUCAGUCACAUUCUGCCCAUCAUGAUCGCCGUCAUUCUCGCCAACGCCGUUGCUCAGAGUCUUCAGCCGUCCAUCUACGACUCCAUAAUCCGCAUUAAGAAACUGCCUUACUUGCCCGAGCUCGGCUGGGGCCACCAUGAGAAGUAUAAUAUUCGUGUGGAGGACAUCAUGGUCCGAGAUGUUCGUUAUAUCACACUGAACUCAACCUACAGAGACCUUCAUGAGAUCCUCCUGAUAGGAAACCUCAAGACGGUGGCGCUGGUGGAGUCUGCAGAGUCGAUGAUCCUGCUGGGCUCUAUUGAGCGCGCUCAGUUGCAGGCGAUCCUCACGCAGCAUCUGGGUCGCGCGCGGCGGCUGGAGUUCAUACGUGAGCGCGCGGAGGCCGAGAGGAAGCGCGUGUCCGUGGUCAGCACUCCCAGCAGCGAGGAGGGGAGUCAAAAGGUCAACCUCGAGGUUCGCUUCCAGAUCUCCACAGAGGAGUCGUCGUUCACACCGGCCCGUCCGAUCUCUCCCAAACCUCUGAAACCUGCGCUGAAGAGGACGUCUGUCGCCGAGAAAAACAUCGAGAUCCCAACAAGUCCUCAUGAUUCUGGCAUUGGCUUAAAGAAUCUGUUAUGUGCUCGACCUCAGACUGAUGCAAUGGAGAAUAAUAACGUGGAGCACACAGUCGCUCCAGACUUCAGGCCGCCCAAACGCGUCAGGAUUUCGGUCUUGGAGGAUCCAGACGCAGAGGAUGACAUGACUCUUGGCGAGAUUGAGGAGUGGGAGGAGCAACAGCUUGACGAGCAGGUGAACUUCAACAACUGCAAGAUUGACCCCGCCCCCUUCCAGCUGGUGGAGCGCACUUCACUGCACAAGACUCACACCAUCUUCUCUCUGUUGGGUUUGGAUCACGCUUACGUCACCAGCAUCGGGAGACUUAUCGGAGUCGUUUCGCUAAGAGAGCUGCGUAAAGCCAUCGAGGGCUCGAUGACGGUGAAGGGUGUGAAGGUUCGUCCGCCGCUGGCCAGUUUCAGAGACAGCGGCACCAGCGGCACCAGCAGCGAAAGCGAAGCCACCGAACUCCACAAACUGUGGGAUCGUCACACCAGCCUCAGCAUUCCCAGAGAACACCAACCCAACACCUCCGACUCGGACGACAAGUCGCAGUGACCCGCGGCCGACGCACAGACUGUUUCGCGCAUCCAAAAAUCCCCCGGCUCGCGGUCAGCUCUUCCCGUCUUUACUUCCCACACUAAUUCACUUCCCCUUUUGGAGAAUCAGGGACUAUCUGGACUUUGUCCUUUUUUCCAUGUCAAGGCUCCUGGAGUGCGUGUGUAUAUUUGUGUGUGUGUGUGUUUAUAUGUGUGUUUGUUGCAGAAAGAGACAGAUCAUUUUAUUCUUGAUUUCAUUCCCAUUUUCACUUUUUAAGAAGUGUGAUGCGCAAGCUCCGUUUGAUGCUUCAUCUGGUGUCUCGUGUGGUCUUUAUAUUGGGGAGUUUAUUGCUCGCUAGUUUUUUUUUCUCGCAAUUAUGUCCUUUUUCUUGCAGUUAUGUCUUUUUUUCUCACAAUUGACUUUUCUCACUAUUCAGAUUUUUUCCCCCCAUGCAGUAAUGCCUUCUUCCUUAUUAUUGACCCUUCUCUUGCUUUCUUCCAAUAGUUUUUUUUUUUUUUUUUCAAUUAUGAUGUUACUUCUCGAAAUUACAGCUAUUCUUACAGUUGACUGUUUUUUUGUUCACAAUUAUGACUUUUUUUUUUCGUAUGUACGACCUUUUUCUGAAAAUCUACUUUUCAAUUGACUUUUUUUCUUAAUUCUAACCUUUUUUUGCAGUUAUGACUUUUCUGCAAUGAUGACUUUUUUCGUAUCUACAACUUUUUUUCUGAAAAUUGACUUUUUCGAUUGACUUCUUUUUUUUGUUUUUUCCAUUAUGACUUUUUUCAUAUGUACGACUUUUUUCUGAAAAUUUACUUUCAAUUGAUUUUUUUCAUAAUUAUGACUUUUUUCGCAAUUAUGACUUUUCAUAUGUACAACUUUUUUCUGAUUACAAUUGACUUUUUUUGUAAUUGAUUUUUUCGCAAUUGACUUUUUUUGCAUGUACCGCUUUUUCUAAAAAUGAACUUUUUCAGUUGACCUUUUUUUUUUUCAUAAUCAUGACUUUUUUUUCGCAAUUUUGACUUUUCCAGGAGUUAUGAUUUUUUAUUUUUUUUUCAAUCAACUUUUUUCGCAAUUAAGACUUUUUUCGUAUGUACGACUUUUCCAGCAUUUUUUUUUUUGCAGUUGACUUUUUCGUAUGUACGACUUUUUCUGAAAAUGUACUUUUUGAAUGGGCUUUUUUGUAAUCAUGAUUUUGUUUUUCACAAUUACGACUUUUCUCACAAUAUGUGUUUAAUAUUUAAUUUAAACAAGGACAAAUAUUUAAUUUAUUACAAUAUGACACUUCCAGCAAUUAUGAAUUUUUUUGGCAAUUUAAUUUUUUUCGUAUGUACGACUUUUUUCUCUUUUGUCUUUUCAGUUGACUUUUUUGUUAUUAUGACUUUUCUUCGCACAAUGAUGACUUUUCCAGGAAUCGUGACCUUUUUUGCAAUUAUGAUUUUUUCCGUAUGUAUGAUUUAUUUUUUUUUUUUUUUUCAAAAAAUUGACUUUUUCAAUUGAUUUUUUCACAAUUAUGACUUUUUUCGCAAUUAUGACUUUUUCCAUAUGUACAACUUCUUUCUGAAAAUUGGCUUUUUCAAUUAUGACUUUUCUUCUCGCAAUUGACUUUUUUUUUU